CGGCCGGCGAGCUGGUGCGCCGCCACGGCCGGCCGCCGACGCCGACGCGGCGCGGCGCGGCGCAGCCGACGGCGCCGUGACGUCGGUGGUGCUCAGUAGCCGACGGGCGCGUCAGGGCGGCGGAGUGCGCCGCGAGUAGCGAGUGGUCCCGGCCGUCCGACGAGCAUGUAGGUCGAGUGCGUAGUGACACGUCGGUGACCGGUGACGACGCAGCGCGAUGGCGUCCGUGGCAGCGUGGCUACCGUUCGCUCGGGCAGCGGCCAUCGGAUGGGUGCCGAUUGCCAACAACCCGCUGCCAGCGCCGCCCAUCCCCAAAGACAAGCGGCGCGCGGACGACGAGAAGCUGGUCAUCAACGUGUCUGGCAGAAAGUUCGAGACGUGGCGCAACACGGUCGAGAAAUACCCCGACACGCUGCUCGGAUCAAAUGAGCGAGACUUCUUCUACGAUGAAGACACGAAGGAGUACUUUUUCGACCGGGAUCCGGACAUAUUCCGGCACAUCCUCAACUAUUACCGCACCGGGAAGCUACACUACCCGAAACACGAGUGUCUCACGAGCUACGACGAGGAGCUCUCCUUCUUUGGCAUUAUUCCAGACGUGAUCGGCGACUGCUGUUACGAGGACUACCGUGACAGGAAGCGCGAGAAUGCUGAGCGUCUCCUAGACGACAAAAUGUCGGAGAACGGGGACGGUAACCUCAUCAAACUCACUAAUUUGCGUGAAAAGAUGUGGCGGGCGUUCGAGAACCCUCACACGUCUACUGCGGCGCUCGUGUUUUAUUAUGUGACCGGAUUCUUUAUCGCCGUGUCUGUGUUGGCCAACGUAGUAGAGACAGUCGAGUGCGGCAAACUGCCGGGCAAGAACGAGGUGCUGCCGUGCGGUGAGCGGUACGAGGUGAUUUUCUUCUGCCUGGACACGGCGUGCGUGAUGAUCUUCACGGCCGAGUACCUGCUGCGACUGUUCGCCGCGCCCGAUCGCUGCAAGUUCGUGCGCAGCGUGAUGAGCAUCAUCGACGUGGUGGCCAUCCUGCCCUACUACAUCGGACUGGGCAUCACCGAUAACGACGACGUGUCGGGCGCGUUCGUCACGCUCCGGGUGUUCCGCGUCUGUCGGAUCUUCAAAUUCUCGCGUCAUUCCCAGGGGCUGCGCAUCCUCGGCUACACGCUCAAGUCGUGCGCCAAGGAGCUGGGCUUCCUGGUGUUCUCGCUCGCCAUGGCCAUCAUCAUUUUCGCCACCGUCAUGUUCUACGCCGAGAAGAAGGUUAAGGGCUCGACGUUCACGUCCAUUCCGGCGUCCUUCUGGUACACGAUCGUCACAAUGACCACUCUCGGGUACGGUGACAUGGUGCCCAGCACGGCCAUGGGGAAGCUGGUGGGCGGCGUGUGCUCCCUCAGCGGCGUGCUCGUCAUCGCUCUGCCCGUGCCCGUCAUCGUCUCCAACUUCAGCCGGAUCUACCACCAGAGCCAGCGCGCCGACAAACGCAAGGCGCAAAAGAAAGCACGAUUGGCAAGGAUCAAGCUGGCCAAGGCUUCUUCUGGCGUGGCGUUCGCCAACAAGAAGAAGGCCUCGGAGGCUCGGCUGGCGGCGCAAGAGGCCGGCCUCGAGAUCGAGGGGCACAAGGAGGACGACAUCUUCGAGAUGCAGCACCACCACUUGUUACGCUGCCUCGAGAAGACCACGGACCGCAAGUUCGUCACGGACGUGCCGUUCAACGGACAGCCUCAGCGGCCGGCCGGCGCCAGCGCUGACCGGUCUCGGUCGCCCUCGCCCAGCCACCACCUGCUGCCCUCCUGCUGCCGGCCACAGCGCAACCGGCGAGCCAAGAAAGACGCCAAACAGAACUUGUACCACAACGUGGAGAACGGCCACGAGGAGGAGCUGCGGGAGAUCCAGAUCGGUCACCUGGAGAAGAACACGCCCACCGGCCAGCAGCGGGUGCAGCUGAACGCGCCUCCGUCUCCGGCCGCGCCGCUGGCCACCAUCUCCCAGUCUGCGGGCUCCGAGCGGGACGGGGCCGACUCCGGGGACACCACCGCACCAGCCGCCACCUGCAUGCGCAUCUCGACACUGUAGGAGGGCAGAGGCACCACGUAGCCGACAGCUGGAGCCAGGCCGAGGCGCGACGCCUCAGUGCCAAGAGAGAACCUAGAGCGUGAGGGCGGACGUGCGGAAGCUGAGGGUCGCCGUAUUUUGGUGAGGCGGUACGAGCACUGUGUGCUCAAACCGUUCCCGCUUAGGGCCGGAGCAGACGAGUCCGAUCGAAAGUCUGCGACCGUAUAGCCGCCGUAAGAUCGGAGCCCAAUGAAGACAGGAUGAGGACGAAGUAGUGGAUACGGCCAGAACGUUCAGUGCGAUGGGCGCCUGCCGUCAUCCACUGCCUCGGUCGGGUGUGAGUGGCAGGUCCUACGGUAUUAUGGAAUGGGAUGAUGGUCCUGAUCCUGUGAGUGACCUGCGAGUGAGUUACAGGCCCUCUGUGAGAGCUGGAACGGGCUGGAACGGAAUCCUGGUGCCAUGGCGGAGUAAGGGAGGGAGGGAGGCGAGGCCGGCAGAGAGGCUCCCUGCAUAUGCCCUAAGCUGUUCGGGAAGCGAUCGAGACACCGGGCGUCUUCCAGGGGCCCGACGACCGAUACGCUACACCCCGGGGGCAUGCCGCCGCUGAGAUUACCGGCUCGAGCUGUGAUUCUAUAUUUCUCAAGCGUGUCUCUUUGACGACUGUUUCCAGAGUAUAGUGUAGUGUGGUGGCGCCGUUGGCCUUCUUUCCCGUUGUUCCUGGCCAGCCAGUCUGAGUGGCGGCACGCCGGUGUCCGCUGUGAGAAUGGUCUCCUCAUGUUGCCCUGGUGUACACCAUAGCCAACACUCCGGUGAUCCCGCGCGUGCAUGAAGAACGAGUUAUUUUAUAUGUUUACGGUGGUGGAUAGGUCCUAGCGGUUAUAGGUUGUUGUUAGUAUCGGCCCCAACCCGCCGAGCGCGGCGUCCCUGGCUGAGAACUCUCGCAUGUGUACAUACAUACAUCCGAGGGUGCGAGCUGGCCGCUGCGACCGCACCCCGGGCCACCGUGUGCACGUUUUCCUAUACCAGCCGGCGCCGCGGCCAGCCAGGGUGUUCGGGCGUGUCCGUCCGGCCCGCCGGGACCCUCGAGCUCGGCUCGCAGGGCGCUCCCUUUUGAUACCGGCCGGCAGCGGCUCGCCCACACCUCAGGAUUUGCGUGCGUCUCGCUCUGUGGAGCUGUGUAAGUCAUUCCAUUGUUAUCCGCGUGUCCCUCCCUGACCUGACCGAGGCUCGGGUGGCACGUGCACGGUGAGACCGCAGGCGGCACUGCGCGUCCGGCGAUAAGAAAUACGGAUACUCAUCUCAAUCGUACCACCCGUCUGCACUGCAGCAGUUUGCCUAUCAGCCGGGUGGCGGCGGUUCGGCCGUUAAUUGCUCUGCAGCAGUUCGUUUGACGGCCGAGCUGCAGCAGGAAACUCCCCUAUGGUUUGUGGCAGUUCGGUAGCAGUCUGUCUGCCAGUUUGCCGCGCUGCCGAGUGUCCCGGUGUCAGUAGUUAAAUCCCGAGAGUUGGCCGGUGACAGGCUCCUUCUGAGCCACUAAUUGGGUUGCUCCAGCCACAUAAAGGGCAGCUUUGGUACUUGAAGCAUGCUGUUUCCCGUCAGCUCCAAUGACCUUCAGCACUUAUGAUGAGCAGCGUAAACGCUGCAACGGUUCAGACUAGAGACGUCAAUCGGAUACCAACUUUUUGGUAUACCGAUACCAAACCGAUACCAACUUGGUAUUUGGUAUUUCAAUCGUAAUGUGUUUGGUAUUUUGUUGGUAUCAUAAGCCCUCACUAAUGUAUAAGAGGCUAAGAAAUCGGUAAAAAGUUGGUUUUCCCUCAGUUUCCCAAGUUGGUUUGGUUUCGGUAUUUUCCCGUGGUUUUGGUUGGUAUUUGGUUUGGUAUCGGUAUUCCGAUUUUCCGUAAUUGACAUUACUAGUUCAGACUGACGACGUAACCAAACCAUAGCAGCAUACACAAUUAUUACAAACUACAUACGAUUUUAGCGGUGGAAGGUGACUUUCAGUUUCGUUCAGCCCAGGCUGCCGUGGGAAUAAAACUUCAUGCAGUCACUUGUCAAUAUUUGGUCCCACUCUGUAAUGCGCUGCUACGUUCAGCGGCCGAUAAGGUAUAAUACGGUCUGGAAGUGGCGCCGAACCGCUAUUCCUCUGCGAAGGGCCGUCGAACGUCCUCGCACGACCACCGUCGCUCGAAGCAGGACGAUCGGCCGUCCGUCGUCGCACCCGGCCCGUGCCAGGACGCGCCAAACGACCCACCGAAUGGAACCGUCCGCUAUUGCAGCUUGUCGCUCCACCGAUAAACUUAAUGGGAUGGCGCGCGGUCGGGGUGAAAGGGCUCCGCACGACGCCCCUGGGACACUGAUCUAGUGGGCGGCCGGGCCCUACGGCCAAACGAGCGACGAGUGCUCACCGCUACAGGACGGCCCACACCUCCUUGUCUCUCCUCAUCUCUUCCCUAUUGCUGUCCUUUGGACUAUCGCGGACCCGUAUAGUGAAAUGUAUGGAGGCGCCCCACAUGUGUCGAAGGAAAUGACUUCUUUUUGUGACGUCUAUAUAUUAUGUUAUGUAGUACGAAUUUUGACGAUUGGCUUGUACUGAUUAGGUCACAAAUCAUUUCGCGACAUGCUGAUCGCCUCUGACUUGUUCGAGACAAUAGAAAACAGUGAAGCUGGCAUUUUUCCCAAGACGGUGUACUUUAUGCCGAUUCGUAUCUUUCUCUAUUUACCAACAUUUUCCUUUAGGAGUCCUUGCGGUGAUCUGCGCCAGUACCAUCCUCGGAGGCCCGUGGAUGGAAACCUCUCAGCCAUCCGACCCGCACUGUUCCCUCGAGAUACUCCGACGGAAUGCUCUCAACCCUUGUACGUCCGAGGAGGUUGGCACGAACCCAUCAACUUAAAUCGACAUGCCAGAUCGAUUGUGGCGCCCAUUUCUGUUAUUGUCCCGUUCCAAGGUUAAAAUAAAACAUCCCUCGAAUGCAGGUGAACCAUAUGUAGAACCACGAAAACCUACAUUAACGCCAUGGGCUCUAGUCUCCAAUCAAGUACCUACGUCAUACGGCUCGGGCGCAAAGAACAAAUGUCAACCCUAGACGUUUUGAUCAAGCUGCAUUCAAAACUUUUACUAUUUCAUGUCACUGUUUUUCCCAUUCGAUUCCCUUCGUUUCGUAGCUGCCCAGGCUGCCGGUGUAGGGGAGGGAAGGGGAGGGAUGCUGAGUUGUCGCCCCUCCGAGUGGUCCUGGAGUCCGACCGUCCCCGUCGCGUUCAGCUGAGACAUCUCUCGGAUGCACGCGACAGGUCUCGCAUUGCGCUGCACGGCGUUACUUAUGCUUACUGUCUUAUGUGUACAUUUUCUCUAUCAAAAUAAACAAAUCCAAA